AUGUCGAACCAGCAAGUGGGCCCGGUGUUCGAGCGCGUCAUUCAGGAAGUCUGCGAUGCUUCCCAGGUCGACUUUGAGGAGAGCGGCGUGGACCAGAAAACACUGCUCGAUUUGCGUGAGACCUGGCAACACAAGCUUUCUUCUCUAAAUGUCGCCCAUUUCCCCUGGGAUCCUACACCACAGCCUACCCCGCAAGCUCCUGUACUGCCGCCUCAAGCAACAGUUCCAUCAAAUGCCCCUCGUCCUCCUCCCGUCCAGCCACAACAUGUGGCCCCUCCUGUCUCUCUACAGCAAGCCCCUCCAGUUUCAGCUCCACUUCCGCUUCACGCACAAUCCCAAGUCGCUCCUAUGGGUGGACCUCGGAUCAAGACUGAGCCUGGCAUGAACGGGCCGCCUGGCCUGCCCAUGAAUCACCCAAUGCAAGUCCCUACUAAUCCACAAGCAGCCCGUGAUCGUGCCAUCAGUGCUAUGCAGCAGAAAUAUGGUGCUAAUGCGGCCAGUUCCGUCCACCAAAUGCAUCAGAUGCAAGCUCAGGCCCCAGGCCAGCAUGCCUACCAGCACAUGCAACAGACAAAUGGACAAAUGCCCCACAUCAAGCAGGAGUCUGGAUAUCCAACAAUGGGCCCUAGUCAAACUGACGGUGGUGGUGAUGACCCUAUGGCAGACUGGAAAGCCGAGGUCGCACGUCGCCGAGAGGCGGCCGAGAAGGGCUUCGGUGACCACAUGCUCCGCGAGCACCUCAAGUCACAGAUGCGUGGAUUGGAGGCCGGAGGUUUCCUCCGCCCUCUUAGUGAGCAUGACACUCCAGCUGUGCUGGCGCGACAUGCUGCCAUUGACGCACACCUCAAUCAUACACAGUCAGCAUCUGCUGCUCCCCGAAUCACCGGCCAGGUCGAUGGAGAAGAAGCAGAUGAAGAUGCCAUAAACUCUGACCUCGACGACCCUGAAGACCAGCUGGCAGAAGACGCAGAUAACGAUGAAUCUGAGGGCCAGGUCAUGCUUUGCACCUACGAUAAGGUUCAGCGUGUCAAGAACAAGUGGAAGUGCACUUUGAAGGAUGGCAUCCUGACCAGCGGAGGCAGGGAAUAUGUUUUCCACAAAGGCCAAGGCGAGUUUGAGUGGUAG